UCCCUUGAUUCUUCACGACUAAGAAUAGGUCUGUGUAGACUACGCCCAAUCUCCCAUCAGAUCAGCUCUCCCUCAUUUUUGAUCUGAUUUCGUUCGGCGAAUCUUUUGUGAAAGAUGAAUAUUUUCUCCAAGAAACCCACAGCCAAAGAGGCUCUACGAGCUAGUAAGAGGGAGAUAGCAAACUCUACCAGAGGCAUUGAGAGGGAGAUUGGAGCAUUGCAGUUGGAAGAAAAAAGACUUGUUGCUGAGAUAAAAAGAACUGCAAAAACUGGAAAUGAUGCUGCAACAAAAAUUUUAGCCCGCCAGCUUAUCCGUUUAAGGCAACAAAUCUCAAAUUUACAAGGUAGCCGAGCUCAGAUGAGGGGUAUAGCAACUCACACACAAGCAAUGUAUGCCACCACCUCAGUUGCUGCUGGUAUGGAAGGUGCAAGCAAGGCAAUGGGAGCAAUGAAUAAGCAAAUGGAGCCUGCCAAGCAAAUCAAGGUUAUGCAAGAAUUUCAAAAACAGUCAGCCCAAAUGGAUAUGACAAGUGAGAUGAUGUCAGACUCCAUCGAUGAAGUUUUAGACAAUGACGAGGCUGAAGAUGAAAUUGAAGACCUGACAAGUCAGGUGUUGGAUGAAAUUGGUGUUGAUGUUGCAUCUCAGUUGUCAUCUGCUCCAAAAGGAAGAAUCUCACAGAAGAAUGCUCAAAAUGCCGAGAGCAGUGCGGAGCUUGAUGAUAUCGAGAAGAGGAUGGCUGCCCUCAGAAAUCCAUGAAGGCUCCUCCAUGCUCAAAAUGUUCGUUCGAUAUGAUGAAUGAUUAUUCUCUUGAAAACAAUCACUUGUAGGAGUGGCCUACGGAUUGCCUUCACUCCACAUUCAAAAUGUGAAGCAUCCACUAGAUACAAAUUUUAUGUUUACUCAAUUAUGUUUGUUAUGUUAAUCCAAUUCAAAUAUACCUGUGUUGCCUACUGUGUAGCUGACAGAUUAGCACAACUCGUAUCAAUUAUGCAUAAACUUUGUGAUUUUGGAUGAA